AUGGGGGAAUGGAUUGAUGAGAGUUGGAUGUGGUCUCUCAAUUGGCGAAGGGUGCUUCUUGACAGGGAGGUCGAGCAAACUCAAUCUCUACUUGGUCAGUUAUCUGGUUUCUCUCCUUGUGUAGGUUCAGUGGAUAAAUGGUUUUGGAGAGCCCAAAAGAAUGGAGUUUACACUGCAAACUCGGCCUAUCAAGCAAUUAGAGACCAAAUUGAGGAAAGAAGAGUUGAGCCGGAAGAGAUGAAUCUUUUCAGUGAUUUGUGGAAUUCAACAGCCCCACAGAAAGUUCGCGUGACAACUUGGCGUGUCUUGAGAAACCGACUUCCAACUUGUGACAAUCUUAUUCGAAGAAAUAUUCAAGUGGGAGAGGUGGAAAAGAGCUGCGUUGCUUGUUUUUUUCCGCAAGAGUCGGCGAUUCAUCUGUUCCUCGACUGCCCGAAAUCUGCAAUGAUUUGGGAUCAGAUUCUUAAUUGGACGGGUUACAGCUGGGCUCGACCGCGAGGUAUUCCCGAACAUUUCUCUUCUUUUGUGUAUUUGGCAAAUGGCAAGAACAGUACUCAGCUUCUUAAGGCACUGUGGAUGUGCACUAUUUGGGUGAUCUGGAGAAAGAGGAAUGAAAGCAGAUUCGAAGACAAGGUGUGGGAGCUUAAGAGCAUUAUCAUGGAGAUUAAAACUAGAAUGUGGAGUUGGAACAAGAUUUUUGGUUUUUUUGCGUGGGAGCCACCCAUCCUGGAAUGGUGUUCUUCACAGCUCUAUAGCUUUAUGUUGUAA